CCAUCCUCCCAGCGGACAGCUGCUCCCGCGAGGCGGCUGGCUGACUCUGCCUGGGUCCUCCGCCAGACUUUGUCCCCGGCACGUGCAGCCCCAUCCAGGAAGAAGCUCUGUGAUGUGUGGGUCGUGAGUUUGUUCAAGCAAGUCAGACUCUUCACAAGGAAUAGUUAGACAUGAGGACUGGGAUGGAAGAGCUGGCACCAGUAGAAGUCCAGGGACAGCUCCCAAGCCCCCAUCAUGGCUCUCUGAGGAGGGCCGUGGCUGCUGCCCUUGCCUUGGAUGGGGAAUCCACAAUGGGUCGCCGGAAAAAGAAGAGGAAAGAGUCCCGCCCAGAAUCUAUCAUCAUCUACCGGUCAGAAAAUGAGAAACUGGAUGAGGAGGCCGGGGAAUCAGAAGGUGGAGACCGGCCUAAAGAAGAGGAGGGAGAUGAUUUCCUAGACUAUCCUGUAGAUGAUGGUAUGUGGAACAUGCCUUUGGACAGCUGCUAUGUCACACUAACCGGGACCAUCACACGAGGGAAGAAAAAGGGCCAGAUGGUGGACAUCCACGUAACAUUGACAGAGAAGGAGCUGCAAGAAUUGACCAACCCGCAAGGGUCAUCAAGAGAUAUAACACCUGAAGACAGAAGGGCCUGCCAAAUGGGAGCCGACCGUGGGCCCCACGUGGUCCUCUGGACACUGGUCUGUCUGCCUGUGGUCUUUAUCCUCUCUUUUGUUGUCUCGUUCUACUAUGGCACGAUCACCUGGUACAACAUCUUCCUUGUGUACAACGAGGAGAGGACCUUCUGGCACAAGAUCUCAUGUUGCCCCUGCCUCAUUCUCUUCUAUCCAGUGCUCAUAAUGGCCAUGGCCUCUUCGCUGGGCCUCUAUGCUGCUGUGGUCCAGCUCUCAUGGUCCUGGGGAGCAUGGUGGCAAGCUGCCCGGGACAUGGAGAAAGGCUUCUGUGGCUGGCUUUGCAGCAAGCUGGGUCUGGAGGACUGUUCUCCCUACAGCAUCGUAGAGCUGCUUGAAUCUGACAAUAUCUCAGGCACUCUCUCCAACAAGGACCCCCCCCAGGAAGUCGAAACGUCCACAGUCUAAACUUCCAACGACUUAUUUCCUUCUGUGGUCCCAAUAGCCUGUAUAUUGUCUUCCAAUUCCAGAAGAUCUGUUCUUCGAAUUAACCCCCUACCCCUCUCAGUUCUGGAAAAUUCUAGUCCACACUCUUCUGUCACACCACCUUGAUGGUUCCAGGAGGGCAGGGAACAGAAAAGCAAUUUAUGCCAAAGCAGUUCAGCCAUGGAUGAAUUCUUCGCAUUCCUUGCCCUAAAAUGACCAUUUAUCUUGGACAGGAAGCUUAGUUGCAUGUAAGUUCAGGAAAUUGAAGAUGUUAUUGGUGCCCAGAACCAAGGGGAGUAUGUGACUAAAGCUGACAGAGAGAAAAAGGAGGCUCCAGGGAGAACAAGUUCACCAAAAAGAUGAAAACGUAGGAUGGAGGGAAAUAGGAAGCAGGGCUACCACAGUGCAGAGGUAGUGUAGUAGAGAUCUGUGUAUAUCACUUAGAUUUUGACUUAGUGCAUAUAAUUAAAAUCCUAAAAUAUCAGGGACUUAAAUAAGAUGGUUCUUUCUUUCUUGUGCAGAAGGAGCCUGGAGGCAGACCGUCAGAAGACCUGAUGAAGUCAUCCAAAUCCCAGGCUUUAUUCCCCUUCCAUUUGUAGGAGGUAGUCCUCUUUGUCCUUACCUUCAACACCUCUGUGCUGACUGCAUCUCCAGCCAUCACAUCCACCUUUCUGGCAGAACAGAGGAAAGGGCAAAGAAGUGCACAUCCUCCCUGUUUAUGGAGACUUUCCAGAAGUGUUACUCAACGCUUCUUAGAUCUCAUUGGCCAGAUGUUAGUCACAUGACCUCACAAACAAGAGAGACUGAGAAAUGUAGUCCUUCGGUUGAGCAGCUAUAUUCUAGGUUAAAUUUUUGGGUUCUGCUAAUGUAAGCAAAAAAAGAAACAUGGCUAUUUUGGCAGGCAUGAACAAAUCUCUGCCUCACAGUAUUUAUUUAAAUAUAUUCAGAUCCCAAACUGCUAAUAUAGUUUUUAUUUAUUUAGGCCUGAAUGUUUCUCAGAGAAUUUAUACAUAGAUACUAGCUAUAUAUACUAUGUAUAUGCUAUAAAUAGAUAUUAGCAGUAUUAGCAGCUCAUGUACUUUGCAACUAGUCUGUAGUGUCAUGUGGUUUCAGAGGUUUUAGAAAGGAGGAGUGAACAGUUGAAUGCAAUUCGUAGCAUAACUUUUUUCCUGGUAGUGAAGGCAGGACUCAGUAGUGAUAUUUAAUCUAAUCUACAUAUUAAAGACUGUGUAGGGAGGUAUCAAAAACUCGCUCACUCAGACCUUUCUAGAGUUUAAGGAACAGUAUCUUUCCACUGUGAAGCUUGUGUCCUCCUGGCCAGUAGGGGGUGUAAGCCAGAUGAAUCCAGAUUGACAGAAUCUUAACUUUUUUUCCUUUUUUUUUGAAGUUUAUUUGUUUAUUUUGAAAGAGAGAGAGUGUGUGUGUACA